AUGGAGGACUGUGACAAAGAGCAAAGUGAUGACUUAUCGUUUAACAUGGGUGUGAAGAAUCCCUUCGUCCACUCCAUAGAAAUGUCCCUAGCACGUCGGAUCCAAAUGUGGCUAUUCGUAGUCUUUGUUCUGCCAUUUCGUCUGCUUGGCAUGGCCAUCUUUUUUCCACUCACUCUUCUUGUUGGCGAAUUAGCUACUCGCCGAAUGGAUUUUUCAAACCCCAUGUCAGGCUUUCGUAAGCAUAUUCUUUUACCAAUUUUCAUAUUCUGUGGCCGUAUGCUUUUCUUUUGCGGCGGUUUUGUGUGGGUGAGACUCAAAGGAAAACGCGCCAGUUGUGAAGAAGCACCUAUCCUCGUGCUUGCCCCACAUUCCUCCUUUUAUGAUGCCCUGGUAUUCCUUUCACUUGGCAUGCCCUCAGUGGUUGGGAAGACGGAGACGGCACUCUCGCCAAUUGGGUCGUUCAUUAAGAUAACACAACCGAUUCUUGUUAAUCGGGACGACCCCUCUUCGCGGCAGGACACGCUUGCUGAAAUCAGGAACCGGGCACUCUCAGGUGGCAAGUGGCCACAAGUGCUCAUCUUCCCUGAGGGAACCUGCACCAAUCGGUCGUGCUUGAUCAACUAUAAGCAAGGCGCUUUCACUGUUGGGUGUCCAGUUCAACCGGCUGUUUUACGGUGGGGUUACGGUGUGGAUAGCAUAACGUGGACUUGGGAUGGCCCUGGAGUGCUUGAGCUACUUUGGACUACUGCGUUGCAGCCAUACACAACCCUGGAGAUUGAGUUUUUGCCGGUUUACGUCCCCAGUGAGGCAGAAAAGGAAGAUCCCAAGCUUUACGCCACCAACGUUCGUGCUGUGAUGGCCAAGUACGUCGUACGGGCCGCCAACCUCCCAACCACCGACCUUAGUUUCGACGACUGCAGACGGAUUCGCACGGCAGUUCAGUUCGGUCUGCCCAUUGCUUCUCACAUUAACGAAUACGGCAAGCUCUCACGUUACUUGCUGACACGAGAACGCAUAUCAGAUGACCAAAUUCUGCCGAGCCAAGUGGCCUAUGUAACUGAUCGCUUGCUCUCGAUGGCCAGUGCAACUAGGGACUGGCACAAAGGCGGCUGUGAGGCCCUAAGUGUGCAGAGUCUGACUGAAAUGUUCUUCGACGACGCAGCGAGACAAAUUCCACCCAAAGCGGCUGCUCUACUUCAACGGGUUCUAAAGGCACUUCCAAAAACGCAGAACGGUCAGUCGGACGUCCGUGCUGUGGUUGUUCACCUGUGUUUCCUCAUGUUCUCCGCUUCCCCUUCUAUCGCCGUGCGGCUUGCUUUUCAGGCUUUUGAAGCCGUCUCCACCGGUGUCACCGAAGACAUACCAAUGGGAGAUGAUGAGGAUGGGGUUGCUGACGACAAGUACGCAACCCGGUCAAUCGCGACCAGUGAUGCGGCUCUUCUUCUGACUUUCGUUUACCAUCUCUCCCUGGAGGAGGCCAAGUCGCUGAUGCCUCAUAACAGCGCCAAAAAUACCGGUGCCUCAGUCGCAGUUGGGCCAGGUUUUGUGUAUCAUGCGGUGAACAAGCACUAUCCUAAACUCGUUUCCAGUUACGCGGACUAUAAAAGCGAGAUGAAUCGUAUGCGGCGUCUGUCUGAACGGCCUUUUUCUGAAACCUCAUCCGAGUCCAACUCAGUCUCCAGUCUAUGCAGCCUAAGCGCCGACGAUGCCACAUUUAAGCCGGGCCAUCGCAGAAAUGCUUCUAACGUCUCUGUCGGUUCUACGGGCUCGCUAGAUCAGUCUGAGACGGAGCUUCGGAUGCGCGUCGCCCAACAGCCUUCCGCCAAAGAUAGCUGA